GAAGUGUUGUUUAGUGGUAAACUGACGGAACUUUGAUAGUGGAAGUUGUCUUUACUUUCUUUUUAAGUAACUAGCUAGUGCUUUAAUUUACACGUUACAAAAUGCAAAACACUGCAUAUGGUGCCUCCUUUGCUGGUGGAGCAUUUGAUUUUGCGAGUUUCUUUAAACAGCCACAAACUAUUUUGCGCAUCUUAAGUUGGAUAUUUUCCAUCGUGGUUUUUGCAACGAUCACAGCAGAGGGCUACAUCAACGUUAAAACUUCGGCUGCCACCAAAUGCAUGUACAACAAUAAUGACUCUGCCUGCAGCUACGGAGUGGGAAUUGGGGUCCUGGCCUUCGUGGCUUGUGUCAUUUUCUUCCUGCUGGAUGUUUACUUCCCACAAAUCAGCAAUGCUAAGGACAGACGAUACAUUGUCAUAGGGGAUUUGGUGUUUUCAGCUUCUUGGACAUUCCUGUGGUUUGUCUGCUUCUGUCUACUGACCAAUCAAUGGCACCAAACAAAUGUUGAUCCUAACCAACUUGAGAUCCCAAAUGAUGCUGCACGGGCUGUCAUUGCCUUCUCAUUCUUCUCAAUCAUUUCAUGGGGGCUCUUGUCUUAUUUUGCAUUUGGGAGGUAUAGACAAGGCUUAACUGACCUGAACCAGGACUACGCAGAUCCUGCCAAUGAUCACACCUCUCCUUAUCCUCCGGGGUAUCCCAGUAGCGGUGUGCCAGCAGGAUACCAGCAGUCCCCUUUCUCCAGUCAAGGGCCAGGAGCAGGAGAGUACCAGCCUCCCACUUUCUAGACUCAAAUAUACCAAUACAAUUGUUUGGGACUGUUCAUGCUCUCUUUGCCUCUUGUUUUUUCGGUUUUAGGGGAUGUCUGAGCAUUUUGUUUCAUGUUAAGAGUGUGAUUUGGCUACUUGUACCAUAUUUACUCAGACUUGUACCAGAACAGGUAUUCCCACUUAACAUUAGCAGUACAUUGUCUUCAAGGAAGUAACCAACAAGGUUUGGUUUAGUGUUUUAAUAGUUCUAUCACUGAUCUUGGAAUAUGAAUCUUUCAUUAUCAAUCAGCACAGUGUGUAAUGUAUCUAUGAUGUGUCUGCAAUACCAAAUGUUUUGUAUUGGGUGGCUUUUUUAAAAGUAACUGUGUGUUUUUCAAACCACUGAACAUUGGCUUUUGUGCACUGAAGACAUUCAGCCUUACAGGGCUGUGAUUAUUGCAUUAUAUAUGAUUAGAACUAUACUUUAAAAUUUUGUAUUCUUUAAGGUGAUUGUAUUUUAUAUCUGACCCUGACUCUUGGCUAACAUCCUUUUUAUUUCUAAGUAUAAGGAAGUUUUUAUUUCUAAGUUUAAAUGGUAUUUCUUGCUGUAUAUUAAGUUUUGGUCAUGGGGCAUAACAAUGACAUUCACAUUUGUUAAUUCUGUCUUUUCUGAAAUCAUAAAUGCUUUAUUACAGUCACAUGCUUCACAACUCAGUUCAAAUAUUUUUACCCUUUACAGUGCUGUGUGUAACAUGCCAAAUAAAAUAUAUCUAAAUACGGA